AUGCAACGACGACCUCUCUUCCACCGCGAGAGGCAGGAGAUCCAAGUCUCCCGCCCUGGGAGGAGAUGUGGCCUGGCACCGGAGUACUGGGGCAAGGGGAUUGCAAAGGAAGCUGCGGAAGCGAUCAUGCGGUGGGCUGUGAACGAGCGAGGCGUGAAGAGGUUCAUUGCUGAGACGGAGAGGGGGAAUGUGCAAAGUGCGAGGCUGUUGCAGAAAAUGGGUUUUGUGGAGAGCGGAACAGACUACUGGAAAGAGCCGAGUGAGGUGGAAUGGGCGCUGGAUGUAAAAUAUCUCAUAGAAUUGAAGGGAUAG